UGUGUGUUCACUAAUGAUUAACAUGGAGUGCUACUAUAAGGUUUAAUGCUGUUACCAAUUUAUUGCAGGAAAAUCUUCAAUACACGUUUAAAUACAUUUAUUAAAAAUAAAUCAAAAUGCUUAGUACCGUGAGAAACUCUAUUGUAUUCCAAAUUAGAAAAUACGGACAGCAAGCAUACAUACGACAUUCGUUAGAUACAGUUACAAAUAAUGUAAAUCGACGACAAACUGAAGAAUCGUCGGCCAUUCUUUGUCGAUCAUGCGGCCAACCAACACCAUUAACACAUCCUCAUUUAAUGAAAGACGGUGAAGUUGUACCUGGCAUUCAACUUUAUGAAUUCAAGAAGAGACGAAAUAAAUUAAUGGAAAGUAUUAUUUCGCGUACUUCUGUUACAAACCUAGAUAAACCACAAAUUCUAAUUAUUCCUGCUUCGUCUAAAGUAUAUAUGUCUGGCAAAAUACCAUAUGUUUUCCGUCAAAAUACAGACUUCUUGUACUUUACUGGUUGUCAAGAGCCUGAUAGUAUUUUGGUAAUCACAGCAAAAAAUGAAAAUUUUCUAACCACACUAUUUGUACCACAACAAGAUGAGCAUUCAGAAUUAUGGGAUGGCCCUAGAACUGGUGUUGAUAUAGCACCUAAGAUGUUUGAUGUUGAUUCAGCUCUUCCAAUAACAGAGUUUGAACAAUUUUUUCUCUCAUUUGUCAAUGAAAAUAAAAAGUGUGUCAUUUGGUAUGAUAGUGUUAAUGUAGCACAGCCAAAUUUACAUAAAAAAUUAUGUGAAUUAAUUAAAACAACAAAUGGCCAAACCCUUGCUUCUCCGACAAAUCUAAUGCAUAAAAUUAGAUUAAUUAAAUCACAGUCAGAAAUCAAUUUAAUGAAAAGGAGUUGUCAGAUUAUUUCAGAGGCAAUAUCUAAAACUAUAAAAAUAUCAAAACCCAAAAUGAGCGAGCAUCAUCUUUUUGCAAUUGUUGAUUAUGAAUGUCGUAUGAAUGAUGCUGAAUUUUUGGCAUAUCCCCCUGUUGUUGCUGCAGGUAAAAAUGCUAACAUCAUUCAUUAUAUCACCAACAAUCAAGUAAUUCAAGAUGGAGACAUGGUUUUGAUGGAUGCAGGUUGUGAAUAUCAUGGUUAUUCCUCUGAUGUAACUAGAACAUGGCCAAUUAAUGGAACAUUUACACAACAGCAAAAAAUUUUAUAUGAUAUAGUACUGGAUAUUCAAAAUAUUUUAAUUGAUAAGCUAAAAGAAUUACCUUCGUUAGAUCAAUUGUAUCAUGAUAUGUGCUCUUUAUUAGGCAAAAGAUUACAAGAAAUUGGAUUAAUACCAAAACAUUUCAGUAGAAAUGAAUUACUCUCUGCAGUUUAUACUUAUUGUCCACAUCAUGUGAGCCAUUACUUAGGUAUGGAUGUACACGACACAGGAAAAAUCUCCAGAAGCUUAAAACUUCAGCCAGGAAUAAUAAUAACGCUGGAACCCGGAAUAUACGUUAACCACAAAAAUCCAUUAGCUCCACCAGAAUUUCAUGGUUUAGCUGUUCGCGUUGAAGAUGAUAUUUUAAUUACAGAGAACGGUCCGAUCAUUUUAACGGAAAAUUGUCCAAAAGGAAUUGCUGAAAUAGAAUCUUUGGCUAGUCAACGUUUAUAGUAUCAAUUCUAUCAAACAAGUAGUACAUAAAAAAUGAUUGUGGACAAAAUUUUUAUUUUAUUCGAAAAUUUGCUUAAACGGAA